UACUUUUCAAAGUUGUUGCACGAAUUCUUCCCGUUUACCUUCCACUCACCCUCUAUAAUUCACUGUCAUUCCAUCAAAAUCAUGCCCCCUUUUUCAAAUUCCCUCUUUCAUCCGCCAUGGAAGAAGACCUCACCGACGUCGAAGAAGUGCUCCAAUUCUUGAGGCAAAAUGGCCUCUUUGCCUCCGAAUCAGCACUCAUGGAUGAUAUUAUCGACAAAUCCCAUCUGGGUUCUUUCGAUUUCCAGCGAUUCGUCUUCCCCAUCACUUUUCCUGCUUCUCCGCCGCCGUCGCCGCCGCGCCUUACGGCGGAGGACGGCGGUGGUGGUUCUUCGGAUGAUGAGUUUGUGAGUGUUGAUUCUUCUAUUUCCGGUUUCUGCUCCUCAGAAUUCAUAAAUCCAUAUGGAAUAAAAACGACAAGAGGGAUUAAUUCUCAGGCUUCAUCAGAUAGGUUGUCCCAAUUCGGUACCGCUCGCGAUUACCAUGAGUUUGACUUACAAAACGACAUAAAUUGGUACACGGAGAGAGAUGAAGACUAUGCAAUGCCACCUUCAUUUGACAACUCUGAUCCCUUCAGCGGUCCAACUGAGGAUAAGUUUGUAAUGAGUUCAGAUAAAGAGAACCAAGACGAGAAUCAUCAGCCGUUUAAUGAUCCUAUAGUAGACCCUUUUGGUCAAACUAACUAUCUUGAUAAACCAUGGCCUUUGACUUCUAUCGGAUACGUAAAAGAUGGCGUUAAAGUCACCGAUUAUUACGAUUUUGAUGGAAAAUGUGUUGAGCAAGACCUAAACGGUAACAUAAUUAACUUGAAAGAUUUUCAAGAAAUUGAUACGAGGCGUAGAACAGACGCGUGUAGUUCAUGUCUUGAAGAAAAUAAAAUAAGCUGCGAUUGUUAUCUUGUUGGGGAAUCUAAAAAUACCCAUGAACUGAAAGAUCAAACCGGUGAGAAAGAUGUUGACUUUGACUUGGAUAGUAAUUCUGAGGAUAACUUUGAAAGAAGUCUUCAAGAACAUCAUGAGAGUGACGCUGCGAAAGUCAAAGAAGGUGAUCGUGAUGCCACAAAUGAUGAGCUUUUGAUCUAUGCAAAUGAGGAUGAUUAUGAAGUGUUUGAGUUAAGAAUUGUACACAGGAAAAACCGGACGGGUUUUGAAGAGAAUAAGGAUCUACCAAUUGUUUUAAACGGUAUGAUUGGGUCCCGAUAUUGUGUUACCGAGUAUCUCGGUUCAGCUGCAUUCAGUAAGGUUGUUCAGGCACGUGAUCUCCAAACGGGAAUCGAUGUCUGUCUAAAGAUCAUAAAGAACGAUAAAGAUUUCUUUGACCAAAGCUUAGAUGAAAUCAAGCUCUUAAAGUUUGUAAACAAGUAUGAUCCGGGAGACGAGCACCACAUUUUACGUCUUUACGACUAUUUCUAUUUUCAGGAACAUCUUAUAAUUGUGUGUGAAUUAUUAUGUGCGAACUUAUACGAAUAUCAAAAAUACAACAAAGAAUGUGGUGGGGAGCCAUACUUUACGUUGAACAGGCUACAGGUGAUAACAAGGCAAUGUUUGGAAGCAUUGGAGUACUUGCAUGAAUUGGGGAUCAUUCAUUGUGAUUUAAAACCUGAAAAUAUUCUUAUCAAAAGCUAUAGCAGAUGUGAGAUUAAGGUCAUUGAUCUUGGAAGCAGCUGCUUCCAAAACGACAAUUUGUCAUUAUAUGUGCAAUCUAGAUCAUAUCGGGCUCCAGAAGUUAUUAUCGGGCUUCCGUAUGAUCAAAAGAUUGACCUCUGGUCUCUUGGUUGUAUUUUAGCAGAGCUAUAUACCGGUGAUGUUUUAUUCCCAAACGAUGAGCUUGUGAUUUUGCUUGCAAGAGUGAUCGGAAUGCUCGGGCCAAUCGAUAUCGAGAUGUUGGAGAAUGGGCAAGAGACGGACAAGUAUUUCACCAAAGAUUUCGAUCUUUAUCACAUAAAUGAGGAAACUGAUCAGUUGGAAUACAUAAUCCCACAAAAAACGUCGCUGGAAGAACAACUUCAAGCUUCUGAUGCAUUAUUUCUUGAUUUUGUGAAGAAUUUACUAGAAAUUAAUCCUCAAAACCGGCCCACAGCUAGUGAAGCCUUGCAACACCCAUGGCUCUCUUCAUCAGUCAGCCAGCAAUUUUGAAUCUGGUCCAACCCAUCUGUCGGCGGCUGCACCAACAUGGUUCAUGAAAUCUUGAUCCUUUUUGUCAGCCAGCCCCAGGCUAUGUGAAUCAUGGUCCGCACCUUACUUGCGUACUCACAUAUAGGUUCAUGUGGCCGCCUGCACCAAUGUUGGUUUUUUAAAUCUUGAUCCAAACCAGUGUCAGCCGUUGAUGGUCAUUCUCGUUCUUCUUUUCUGUUUAUCAGCCUUCUGUUUGCGCUUUCUUUUUGCACAUUAAAAUGGCCUUCUGAGUUCCGACCAUUUUGUUUUGCCUGCUCACAUAUCAUGUAAAUUCCUUACAGUUUCGUAUAUACAUAUUUCAAAGUAUUGAUGCAUAUAUAUGUGUAUACAAGUUUCACAAUUGCAUAAGUUCCUUAAAUCAGGGAAAUCAUAUUUUACCAAUGAUC